AUGAGUUGCACUGGUCCCGCUGACACUGUCUUCCCUGUUGCUAUCCUCGGCACCAAUCCUAGCUACAUAAAUGCUUGUACCGCAGGAAACAUCACCUCAAACUCUGAUGCUGUAAAUGCCAUGACACGUUGUUGUGGUAGUGCUCCGGUCACGGUCCUGAUGGAUGGUUGCUAUAGUUCGUGCAAUGUCACUGGCAGUACUGAUCAACAAAAUUGGGAGAAAUGCUUCGCUGCGAGCACUGGUAUUAACGGCGUUGAUUUCGGCUGUACCUUAGACGAUAUUUCCGGAUCUGCAAUCCCUGGCAGUGGUACUAUCUACCCAAGUAGCACCGAGUCCGCUGCUUCUUCCACUGUUGCUACUUUCACCACAACGGCUACAGGAUCAGCCGCAAGCCAUUCCUCAACCUCCGCGUCUGGCACUUCAAAAUCCUCGGCCUCGACCUCGGACAAGACUUCAGCUUCCGCAACAUCUUCCGGUGCUACCGCCUCAGCCAGUGCUAAUGCUGGUCAACCAACCGUCAAGCAAUUGUCCAAGGGUGCCGUUGCCAUUCUCGCACUUGCUUUCGUCGGUCUUUUGGCAUAA